AUGUCAGCAUUCUCUGGUUGAAACUUCGGAUAAAAAUAUGUCAUCUAUGACGUCAAAAGUUAAAUUUUGAAGGUUACAAUUUGACAGCGCCAGUAAAAGUGUAUUAGCUGUUUCCGACGCGAAUCAUUCUACAUGUCAAUAUAUUUUUAUAAUUGUGUAAAGUGUGACUUGUAACAUUACUUCGGAUGGACCUAUAAGUGUUUCACCGUUGUAGAAUUUUUCUAUAAAACUACCUUCUGUACUCGCAGUAGAAGGUUAGGGAGGAGUCUUUUGACAAUAAGAUGGCAGCGUUAACAACAUUGCAGAAAGCUAUAGAUUUGGUAACCAAAGCGACUGAAGAAGACCGUAACAAAAACUAUGAGGAAGCUUUGAAACUUUAUCAACAUGCUGUGGAAUACUUCCUGCAUUCCAUGAAGUAUGAGGCCCAAGGAGAGAGAGCAAAGGAAAGUAUAAGAUCGAAAUGUAUGCAGUACUUGGAUAGAGCUGAAAAGCUGAAGGAGUACUUAAAGAAGGGUAAAAAGAAACCGGUAAAAGCAGGAGAAAGUGAAUCUAAGAGUGAUGAUAAAAAAAGUGAUAGUGGGGAUAGCGACAGUGACAAUGAUCCGGAGAAGAAGAAACUACAAAGCAAAUUAGAAGGAGCUAUUGUCAUUGAGAAACCAAAAGUUAAAUGGAGCGAUGUUGCUGGAUUGGAUGGGGCUAAGGAAGCAUUGAAAGAAGCCGUGAUCUUACCUAUUCGUUUUCCUCACCUUUUCACAGGAAAACGUAUUCCCUGGAAGGGUAUUCUGCUUUUUGGACCACCAGGUACUGGUAAAUCUUACCUAGCAAAAGCAGUCGCUACGGAAGCGAACAAUUCCACAUUUUUCUCGGUGUCAUCGUCUGAUUUGGUAAGCAAGUGGCUAGGUGAAUCAGAAAAACUUGUGAAGAAUUUAUUCGAAUUAGCUCGUCAGCAUAAACCAAGCAUAAUAUUCAUUGAUGAAGUAGAUUCUCUUUGCUCAUCGCGUUCUGACAAUGAAUCGGAAUCUGCAAGGAGAAUAAAAACAGAAUUCUUAGUUCAAAUGCAAGGCGUGGGUACUGAUAACGAGGGUAUUCUGGUACUGGGAGCUACUAACAUCCCCUGGGUAUUGGAUUCUGCCAUUAGAAGAAGAUUCGAAAAGCGAAUCUACAUCCCCCUACCUGAAGAACAUGCUCGCGUAAUUAUGUUCAAGCUUCAUCUGGGCAAUACUGCUCAUUGCUUGACAGAAGACGAUUUUAAAGAAUUAGCUGCAUCCACCGAAGGCUAUUCUGGGGCUGAUAUAAGUAUCAUAGUACGUGAUGCCUUGAUGCAGCCGGUUAGACAAGUUCAAACUGCCACUCACUUCAAAAAAGUGAGAGGACCCUCACCAAAGGAUCCAAACGUAAUCGUAGAUGAUCUACUUACCCCAUGCUCACCAGGGUCUCCAGGAGCUAUCGAGAUGACUUGGAUGGAUGUUGACGGGGAUAAACUCUUUGAACCACCAGUUACCAUGAAAGACAUGAGGAAGUCUCUAGCUACUACGCGUCCAACUGUAAAUGAGGACGAUAUGGCAAAGUUAGAGAAGUUUAAGGAAGAUUUCGGUCAGGAGGGUUGAUCUUGAUUUGCUACAGCAAAAAAUAAGUAAUAGAAGAAGAAAAAAUAAAUGAAUUUUCCACAUCCUGAAACUAAAACACAGUUAUACACGCUUGCCUUAUUCCUUUCUCGGAUACGACUCUCUACAGUGUUUGUAUAAAGUAACUUAAAACAGAAUUUUCAUUAAUUCCUUAUAAGGAUGAAAUGCUGCACGCUUGCAAUAUAUUUUUCUUCAAUUAAAUAAGCUUUCUGCUUUAUACUGGCAAGAAUCAUAAGAUAAAUCAUAGAAAGAUCUAUAUUUUCGGAUAAAAAAGAAAUUUAAAGUCCAAGCUUUUUAGUACGGGUUACUCUCUUUCUUUUCAUUAAUAGAUGAUGGUGUCACUUGAUACAAAACAAUCAAAGCUCACUGAAUAUGUCAAACGACCAGUAGCUGUUAAAAAAGUGCAUUUCAUCGUGGAUAGCUUCUUCGUAUAAUUUUUAUACAUAUUUCCGUUUUCCAAUUUCUUUCAAUCUUCUAAGGGCCUUCCAAAAAAAAAUACUUAAGCUACGUCCAGCGCGUAGAUAGAAUUACCGGGAAUGAAUAACGAAUAAGCAGGCUUAUUACGAGUUUCACUGAAGUAAAUAAAACUACGGAAACGUGUAUUACGCGAUGUAUAUGUAUGUGUUAUUGAUAACAAUACCGCUCUUAUGUAAAUUGUUUUUAUUGUUAACUAAAUAAAUAACAAGCUAUACACUGUA